AUGAAUAAUCCAGACGAUUAUGACAAACUUGUGUGUGCGGAAAUUCCCGACCCAAUAAGGUUUCCUGAAAUGCAUGAUCUUGUCAAAAGUCACAUGAUGCACGGUCCCUGUGGUAGUUUACGAGAAAAAAGUUCGUGUACGCAGGGUGUGCCAAAAAUAUGUCGUUUCAGAUAUCCUAGGCAAUUCAAUGAAAAGACAUCACAAGGAGAGGACUCAUAUCCAUUAUAUAGAAGGAUAAAUAAUGGAAUUGAGGUGACUGUAAGAAAUACAUCAUUGGAUAACAGAUGGGUGGCUCCAUACGACCCAAAGUUGUUAAUGAUGUUUAAUUGUCAUAUCAACGUUGAGGUUUGUUCGAGUAUAAAGUCUGUGAAGUACCUCUUCAAAUAUGUUUAUAAGGGCCAUGACAAACAAGUUAUCCAUAUUGAUAAAGACCAAGAAAAUGUUGUUAUUGAUGAGAUAAAAAAGUUUCAAGACGCACAUUACGUGUCCCCUCCUGAGGCAUUAUGGCGAGUUUUUAGCUUUCCUCUUUCAAAAAUCCACCCUUGUGUGAUGGCCUUGCAAAUACAUCUCCCGAAUCAACAGUUGGUUAGGUUCAAAGACGGUGACAGAAUGGAAGACAUUGUUGAUAGGGAGAAAGAAAAAAAUUCAAUGUUGACGGCAUUUUUCAAGAAGAAUAAAGAAGAUUCCAAUGCGAGAAAAUAUUUGUAUAAGGAUUUUCCCAAACAUUUUACAUAG